UCAUUUAUGCAGAGCAGGCGCUGCUGCCAUUGCCACUCUCACUCCCCGCGCGCUGCUCGGUGCCGGAGAGAGCGCAGGGAGCCAGCCAGCGAGCGCUCGGAGCCCGGGCCAGCAGAGGGGGCGCCCGGCCGCUGGCUGCACUGCCCCCGCCGGCCGACUUCGCCGCUCUUGGGGGCCCAGGAAGGAGCAAGAGGCAGUCGGGGAGUCCCGGAGCCCGGCCGGAGAGACCCAACUGCGGAGGGCGCCCGCCCUGCGCCGGAGCCGAGGAGCGCCGGCUGACCGCCCCGCGGGCUGGAGAGCGGGGAGCUCUGGGUCUCCGCAGCCCCAGGGAUGGUCUAGGAGCCGGCGAGAGGUCCGCUGCUUUGCUCCCUGUCGGCGCUCGCCGCCUCCUGCCGAUCGCCUGGGGCUGCGAGCCGCGGGGCUGCGCGCCGGGGCGGCCCAGGCCGAAGUUAGUUGUGCGCGCCGCUCAGCGCGCAGAGCCAGCGAGCGAGCGAGCGAGGGAGAGAGGCAGCGAGGCGCCGGGACCAUGGGCUGGGGGAACCUCUGUUGCUGCCCGGGACGACUGGACCUGCUGUGCGUGCUAGCGCUGCUCGGGGGCUGCCUGCUCCCGGUGUGCCGGACGCGCGUCUACACCAACCACUGGGCAGUCAAAAUCUCCGGCGGCUUCGCGGAGGCCGACCGCAUCGCCAGCAAGUACGGAUUCCUCAACAUAGGACAGAUAGGGGCCCUCAAGGACUACUACCACUUCUACCAUAGCAGGACGAUUAAAAGGUCAGUUCUCUCGAGCAGAGGGACCCACAGUUUCAUUUCAAUGGAACCAAAGGUGGAGUGGAUCCAACAGCAAGUGGUAAAAAAACGUACAAAAAGGGAUUAUGACCUCAACCGUGCCCAGUCUACCUACUUCAACGAUCCCAAGUGGCCUAGCAUGUGGUAUAUGCACUGCAGUGACAACACGCAUCCCUGCCAGUCAGAUAUGAACAUUGAAGGAGCCUGGAAGAGGGGCUACACGGGAAAGAACAUUGUUGUCACCAUCCUGGACGAUGGCAUUGAGAGAACCCAUCCGGAUCUGAUGCAAAACUAUGAUGCUCUGGCGAGUUGUGACGUGAAUGGAAAUGACUUGGACCCAAUGCCUCGAUACGAUGCAAGCAAUGAGAACAAGCACGGGACCCGCUGUGCUGGGGAAGUGGCUGCCGCUGCAAACAACUCUCACUGCACUGUCGGAAUUGCUUUCAACGCCAAGAUUGGAGGAGUGCGAAUGUUGGAUGGAGAUGUCACAGACAUGGUGGAAGCCAAGUCGGUCAGCUACAAUCCUCAGCAUGUGCACAUUUACAGCGCCAGCUGGGGCCCCGAUGAUGACGGCAAGACUGUGGACGGACCAGCUCCCCUCACCCGGCAAGCCUUUGAAAAUGGCGUUAGGAUGGGGAGGAGAGGUCUUGGUUCUGUAUUUGUGUGGGCCUCUGGAAAUGGUGGAAGAAGCAAAGAUCACUGUUCCUGUGAUGGCUACACCAACAGCAUCUAUACUAUCUCCAUUAGCAGCACAGCAGAAAGUGGAAAGAAACCAUGGUACCUGGAAGAAUGUUCGUCCACACUGGCUACAACCUACAGCAGUGGAGAGUCCUAUGACAAGAAAAUAAUCACUACAGAUCUGAGGCAGCGUUGCACAGACAACCAUACUGGGACAUCGGCCUCGGCCCCAAUGGCUGCGGGCAUCAUUGCACUGGCCCUGGAAGCCAAUCCGUUUCUGACCUGGAGAGACGUACAGCAUGUUAUUGUCAGGACAUCCCGUGCGGGACAUUUGAACGCUAAUGACUGGAAAACCAAUGCUGCUGGUUUUAAGGUGAGCCAUCUCUAUGGAUUUGGAUUGAUGGAUGCAGAAGCCAUGGUGAUGGAGGCGGAGAAGUGGACCACUGUUCCCCAACAGCACGUGUGUGUGGAGAGCACAGAUCGACAUAUCAAGACGAUUCGCCCCAACAGUGCGGUGCGCUCCAUCUACAAAGCUUCGGGCUGCUCUGAUAACCCUAACCACCAUGUCAACUACCUGGAGCACGUGGUUGUGCGCAUUACCAUCACCCACCCUCGGAGGGGAGACCUGGCCAUCUACCUGACUUCACCCUCAGGAACCAGGUCUCAACUUUUGGCCAACAGACUAUUUGAUCAUUCCAUGGAAGGAUUUAAAAACUGGGAAUUCAUGACCAUUCAUUGCUGGGGAGAACGAGCUGCAGGUGACUGGAUUCUUGAAGUUUAUGAUACUCCUUCUCAGCUGAGGAACUUCAAGACUCCAGGUAAAUUGAAAGAGUGGUCUUUGGUCCUCUAUGGCACCUCCGUACAGCCGUACUCACCCACUAAUGAAUUUCCUAAAGUUGAACGUUCCCGCUACAGCCGAGUGGAAGACCCCACAGAUGACUACGGUACGGAGGACUAUGCAGGCCCCUGCGAUGCUGAGUGCAGUGAGGUUGGCUGUGACGGGCCGGGACCAGACCACUGCAAUGACUGUUUGCACUACUACUAUAAGCUGAAAAACAACACCAGGAUCUGUGUCUCCAGCUGCCCCCCUGGCCACUACCACGCUGACAAGAAGCGAUGCAGGAAGUGCGCCCCCAACUGUGAGUCCUGCUUUGGAAGCCAUGGUGACCAGUGCAUAUCCUGUAAAUAUGGAUACUUCCUGAAUGAAGACACCAGCAGCUGUGUUACUCACUGUCCUGAUGGGUCAUAUCAGGACACCAAGAAAAAUCUUUGCCGGAAAUGCAGUGAAAACUGCAAGACAUGUACUGAACUCCAUAACUGUACAGAAUGUAGAGACGGGUUAAGCCUGCAGGGAUCCCGGUGUUCUGUCACCUGUGAAGAUGGACAGUACUUCAACGGCCAGGACUGCCAGCCCUGCCACCGCUUCUGCGCCACCUGUGCCGGGGCAGGAGCUGAUGGGUGCAUUAAAUGCACUGAGGGCUACUUCAUGGAGGAUGGGAGAUGCGUGCAGAGCUGUAGUAUCAGCUAUUAUUUUGAGCACUCUUCAGAGAAUGGAUACAAAUCCUGCAAAAAAUGUGAUACCAGUUGUUUGACAUGCAAUGGUCCAGGGUUCAAGAACUGUACAAGCUGUCCCAGUGGGUAUCUCUUAGACUUAGGAACAUGUCAAAUGGGAGCGAUCUGCAAGGAUGGAGAAUAUGUUGACAAGCAUGGCCACUGCCAGACCUGUGAAGCUUCAUGUGCCAAGUGCUGGGGGCCAACCCAAGAAGAUUGCAUUAGCUGCCCCGCCACAAGGAUUUUUGAUAACGGUCGCUGCGUUUUGAGCUGUCCUUCACAGAAAUUUGAAUUUGACAACCAAUGCCAUCCAUGCCACCACACUUGCCAAGGAUGCCAAGGAAGUGGGCCUUCCAACUGCACCUUCUGUGGAGCAGACAAACAUGGCCAGGAGCGCUUCUUGUACCUGGGGGAAUGUCGACAGAGCUGCCCAGCAGGCCACUACCCUGCAAAGGGGCACACCUGCCUGCCCUGCCCAGACAACUGUGAGGUUUGCCAUAGUCCACAGAUCUGCACGAGAUGCAUGAGCGGCUACUUCCUGCUGCCCACCAACCACACCUGCCAGAAGCUGGAGUGUGGGCAAGGUGAAGUCCAAGACCCAGAUUAUGGAGAAUGUGUGCCUUGUGAGGAAGGAUGUCUGGGCUGCAGCGUGGAUGAUCCAGGAACCUGUAUAUCAUGUGCUACUGGUUAUUACAUGUUUGAGCACCAUUGUUAUAAAACCUGUCCUGAGAAGACCUACAGAGAAGAAUCAGAAUGCAAAGCAUGCGACACUCACUGUGGCAGCUGUGACCAGCGUGCAUGCUACUGGUGUGAGGAGGGCUUCUUUCUCUUCGGGGGCAGCUGCGUGAGGGAAUGUGUCCCUGGCUUCUACGGCAACCAAGACAUGGGGGAAUGUGAGCCCUGCCACCGAGCCUGCAAAACCUGCACUGGCCUUGGCUACGAGGAGUGCAGCAGCUGCCGAGAGGGGCUGCAGCUGCUGCAUGGGAUGUGUGUGCGUCCCACCCAGACCCAGGUGCAAGGCAAGUCCUGGAAAGCUGUGCCCACUGCAAGCCCAUCUUUGAUGAAGACCCUGCUGCAGGAGCGACGAAGGUGGAAGGUUCAAAUCAAAAGAGACAUCUGGGGCAGAUACCAACCUUGUGAUUCUUCUUGUAAAACGUGCAAUGGAUCUGCAACUCUGUGCACUUCAUGUCCAAAAGGUGCAUUUCUGGUGGAUCAAACCUGUGUUUCCUCCUGUCCCCAAGGCACUUGGCCCUCAGUGAGGAGUGGCACCUGUGAGACCUGUGCAGAGGGCUGUGCCUCCUGCUCAGGAACCAAUCAAUGCAAAGAGUGCCAGACUCAGCUGGACCAGCCCCUCCUCCUCCAUGAAGGCAGAUGUUACACCAAGUGCCCCGAGGGCUUUUAUGCAGAAAACGGCAAAUGUGAGCACUGUAGCUCUGCUUGCAGAACCUGUGAAGGAAAUGCCACCAAUUGCCACUCCUGUCACGCAGGCUUCGUCCUGGACCAGGGAGUGUGCCAGGAAACCUGCCCCGAGAGGCACGUGGCUGUGGAGGGUGUGUGCAAACAUUGCCCGGAGAUGUGUCAGGACUGCAUCCAUGAAGAAACUUGCAAAGAGUGCAUGCCUGACUUCUUCCUGCACAACGACAUGUGCCUCCAGGCCUGUCCCCCGGGCUUCUAUGAGGACUCGCGCCAGUGUGUCCCCUGUCAUGAAGACUGCCAGGAGUGCAAUGGCCCAAAAGCUGACGACUGCGAGCUCUGUGCAGAGUCUUCCUUGGUCCUCCAUGAUGGGCUGUGUUUGGAUGAGUGUCCAGAAGGAACGUAUCAUGAGAAAGAGACUAAGACUUGCCAAGAUUGCCACACGUCCUGCCGGACCUGCUCAUCUCCUGGGACCUGCACAACCUGCCCAGAGGGCCUGAAGAUGAACAGACAUGGCAGCUGCGUGGCUCACAAGGAGUGCGCCCCCAUCGAGUACUGGGAUGAGGAGACUCACGAGUGCAGGCCAUGUCACACCAAGUGCUACCGCUGCACUGGGCCAGCCGAGGACCAGUGUCAUACCUGCCCAAGGGAAAGCCUUCGUCUCAAUACAACUUGCGUGCAGGACUGCCCAGAGGGAUACUACGCCGAUGAGGACAGCCACCAGUGUGUCCCCUGCCACAGUUCUUGCAGGACGUGUGAAGGGAGACACAGCAUGCAGUGCCUCUCCUGCCGACCAGGCUGGCUCCAGCUGGGAAAAGAGUGCCUACUCCAGUGCAGGGAAGGAUACUACAGAGAAAACUCCACUGGCCAGUGUGAGAGGUGCAACAAGAACUGCAGGGCUUGUCAGGGCCCACGGCCCACAGACUGCCUGUCCUGCGAUACGUUUUUCUUUCUGCUGCGCUCCAAGGGAGAGUGUUACCGCACCUGCCCAGAGCACUACUAUGCAGAACAAAGCACGCAGACCUGUGAGAGAUGCCACCCGACUUGUGAUGCAUGCAAAGGAAAAGGAGCAUCAAGUUGCUUAUCCUGUGUGUGGAAUUACCAUCUCAUGGGAGGAAUCUGCAAUUCAGACUGUCUUGUUGGGGAAUACAGAGUGGGAGAGGGAGAGAAAUUUACCUGUGCAAAGUGUCACGAGAGCUGCAUGGAAUGCAAGGGACCUGGCGUCAAGAACUGCACCAUGUGCCCUGCCAACCUGCUUCUGAACAUGGACGACAACCGCUGCCUCCGGUGCUGUAACGCCUCCGAUCCCACUGAUGCCCAUGAGUGCUGUGACUGCGAGGACACCACUGAUGAGUGCAUCCUUCGAAGGCGUGAGGUGGGACCUGCAGCUCAGAGUUCCAAGCCGGCCCUGUUUAUCAGCUCCUCAGUCAUGCUGCUGCUGCUGCUCGGGACGGCUGCGAUCGUUUGGAAGAAAUCUCGGGGCCGAGUCCGGCCAGCAGUAAAGGCUGGCUACGAGAAGCUGGCGGAUCCUACUCGGUCUUACUCGGCCCGUAAGAGCAGCUAUCUAGAGAGCACUAGCUUUGAAGAGGAUCAGGUAAUCGAGUACAGGGACCGGGACUAUGAUGAGGAUGAUGAUGACGACAUCGUCUACAUGGGCCAAGAUGGCACCGUCUACCGGAAGUUUAAGUAUGGGCUGCUGGAAGAAGAGGAGGACGAUCAGCUGGAAUACGAUGAUGAGAGUUACUCCUUCCGGUAAACAGAAGACACGGCCAUGCCCCGCCCCCGCUCCCGCCCAUCCCCCUUCCAGGAAUGCCUAUGGACACCCUUGAUUCUGCUUUGACCCGCACACCAGGCUGAUGUGCAAGUGUCUGUAUUUGUCUUUUGAAUCUUGAGUCCAACUGGAAUAUCUAAGAAUACUUAGAAAUGAUUUUGUUCUUUUGUGUGGCUAAAUUCAAUGAACAGUCUCUAUUCCACCAUAAUUUCAGAGCGAGGAUAAAACGCAAAGGCAUUUUCCCAGAACAGAACAGCAUGUCAAAGCACAAGAUGCAGGAAGUGAAAACGAGUGACAUUUGUCCAAACUCCUUGAUGAGAUUAAAACAAAGCAGUGGACUUUAGGAAUUCUGUUUCCAAACUGCAUUGUGGCGAUUUCUUUAUCUGCUGAGAUUUCUUUAUCUCAUUUGGGAGGAUGAGAAAGUAGAGAGUGCUGGUUUGGUGGGGAGUUUCUCUCUCUUUUUACAACUGUCUUCAGGCAAGAUUUGUUUUGUAAGGGUGCAGAUGAGAAGGUUCUUAUCAACUGCUCCACAACCCCCCUGGUGAGCAGCAGAGUAUCUCAGACAGGGCGCGGUGGACCUAUUUACAGACGUGGAAGGAAAGGAGAAGGAGCAACCUACGGAGGGAACCAUGAGGGGACUCCAGGCUCUCGCCCCUCUUCCGUAAGGAGGUCACUAUGAUCCUAAAGGCAGCAUGAGUUGGGUCAGAAGACAGGUAGCAGCAAGCCCAAAGAGAAAGUAAUCACUAAGUUCCCAACAAUUACAUCCUCAAGAUUUUCAAAGAGCUUUGCUGGUAAGAAAUACUAAAAUUUUUUUAAAUGGCACUGUUAACCUAACAAAAUUAGGUAAAAUGACCAAAACAAAACAAAAAAUCUUUAUCCACUCUAGUAAAACAGGAAAACAAAAACAGGACAUGGCAACCACAUCAGAGGAGUGCCUAUCAACAACCCUUCCUGGAACUGGGGCUCCCCACGGAAAAGCUGGACCAGCGUCUUGCACAGCACAGUCCUGGUGUCCCGCUCCCAAGCUGCCAUCCAGCUGCCCACCAGCUCUCCAGUGUUCGUCAGAACAUGAUUUUGUGUCUACACUGUCUGGGCUUCCUUCUCCACUCUCCUGUCAAGCGUGCUCUUAGAUUCAUGCCGUCUGCAUCAGUUUUUCCACCGAUACUAAUAGAGAGGGGUCCUUACUAUGUAAAAUUAUGUGAGGGACCUGCACUGUGGCACAGCAGGUUAAGCCAGCACCUAUGAGACAGGCUUCCUGUAUCAGAGCAGUGGUUCAACUCCCAGCUGCUCUGCUUCCAAUCUACCUUCAUGUUAAUGCACCUGGGAAAUUAGUGGGUGGUGGCCCUGCCAUCCAUAUGGGAGACUUGGAUGAAGCUCUUGGCUCCUGGCUCCUGGCUUCAGCCUGGCUCAGCCAUGGCUGUUGUGGCCAAUUGGGAAGUGAAAGUUAUACAAAAGAUCUCUCUCUCUCUCUCUCUCUGUCUCUUCCCCGCCCCCAGCUUUCUGCCUUUCAGAUAAAUAAAUGAAUGAAUAAAUAAAUCUUUUAACAGUAUGUAUGUGAGCAGUGUCUUACAGGUUUCCUUUAUCAAAGAAGUUAUAGGCUGUAUUAGGAAUAGAACAUCAGAAAGUGAAAGUAACAUUUUCAGAUGAUGGUAAUAAUAAAAAAUUUCAUUACAAACAUACUGUGCAUGCUAUU